AAUGCUACAAAUCCGCAGCACAAGCGAUGAGUCGCUUACGGCACAAAGAAGAGUUAAGACGCGUUAGUACCGAGAGCGCGGCGCUUAAAGCGACGACAAACCAAAACAUUGAACGCCUGCAAUUAACUACUUGGCUUCCGUCACCAACGCGAUGAAUCGUUUGAUGGAGCAGCAGCGCGCAUGCGCGACCGUCAACAAGGACGCAAAGUCAACGGAAAAGCCCUUACUGCCCUUCAAGAAGCAAUUGCAAUUCCUCUAUGGCUACGUACUCGGCUUCCUGAUGGCGCUCAUCACGCUGCUCUGCUACGAUCGCUUCCUGCUGCAAUCGGCUCAGCUGCGGCAACACAGCACCGCCACUGAGAAUUGGCAGACGGGCUAUGAGAGUGCCUUGCAGCAGCUGAGAAGCGAAGAAAGCUCACUGCAACAGCAGUUGGCAGCCGAAGUGCGCGUGCUUUGUAUGGUGCUGACCACACCGACGCUGCACGAAACACGCGCCGCACACGUGAAAGCCACUUGGGGCAAGCGCUGUACGCGCCUCGUUUUCCUCAGCAGCGAGGCGGAUGAGGAAUUAGGCGCUGUGGCGGUGGUGAAUAGUACAGCGGAUACAUAUGAUAUGCUGUGGCAUAAAGUGCGUCAAGGAUUUAGUUACGUAUACGACGAGUAUUACGCGGAUUACGAUUGGUUUCUGAAGGCGGACGAUGAUACCUACAUUAUCAUGGAAAAUUUACGUUAUUCGCUCUACGCUUAUGAUCCCGAAGUGCCGGUUUUCUUCGGUUACGAAUUGUUGCAACAAAAUGUGACCUACAUGUCCGGUGGCGCUGGCUAUGUCCUCAGCAGAGAAGCACUCUCUCGCGUUGUGAGAACGGGUUUUAAUAACGAUACGCUUUGCCCGCCAGCUAAUUACGCGUUACCCGAAGAUUACUCCAUGAGUAUUUGUUUGCAGAAUGUCGGCGCAUUACCAGUGGACGGUCGCUUCAUUCAGUCCGGCGUUAACAAACAGACAUUUUUCCCACUACAAUUAAUUGAUUUCAUGAAUAGCAAUUACACUCUCUCUAACAUCGACUGGAUAGAGCGUCUGACGCCAUAUACAGUUGAUUGGGGUCUUAACUGCUGUUCGAAUUAUACAAUUUCAAUUCACUACAUGGAUCCCACCAUUAUGUAUUUGUACGAGUUUUUUAUUUAUCAUCUGCGCACAGUCGGCCUUCCUCAACAACCGGAAAUAUUGCCAGAUAAAAUCAACUCCACAGAAUUGUGGAACAGAUUUUCUAGUGAUCAAAAUGCUACGGACGGUCGGUUUCCACUGAAAUGGGUGGAUGUGUUGUGAGAAUAUAACACUUUAUAUUGUAUAUAAAAUAUUUAUUUUAAGUAUAUGUGAUUAUUGGUUUCGUAUAAAGUAUUCCAAAUGUAUUUAAGUAGAAAUUUAUAUGAAUAUGUAUUUCAUUAUUACCCAAAAAAUAUAUUCAGUGAACCAAAAAAACUAAUUAAGGUAUUGACUUGAAUCCAAAAGUGAGAUAAAGUUGGUUUUAUUAGUUAUUUG